AUGGUCAUCAAGGAGAGGCCAUCAAAAGAGCAAGAUAUACUGCUGAGGAAGAUUCAGGCCAUAGGUAAGUUCAUGAAACCUUUGGAAAGGAAACCUCGUCCUCGCCAACAGGAUGACUCAGGCAAAAUGAGAAUAGAAGAACCCCCUCCUGUAAAUGACUGGAAGGUGGAUAAAUGCAAGGGUUUACUCCAGAGACUGGGACUAUGGGAGUCAUACCUCAGGAAAAUAAAAAUGGAAGAUGUCCUCCUUAUAAGUAACAUGUCAAGUACAAAGCAGAACACAGUGGGAAAUGGCUUUUAUCAACAGUAUAUUUACAAGCUCAUGAUGCUGGACUGCAGCGCCAGAUAUUUGUGUUUGAAAGCAGCUGAAUCAUCAGGGCCUCAACCACACACUGCUGAAGAUGCAUGUAGCAGUGAUGGUGAUAGUGAUGGUGAUAGUGAUAGUGAUAGUGAUAAUGAUAAUGAUAGUGAUUCAACUGUCCACCCCAUGGAUAUUCAUAUGGCAGUUUUUCAUUGUUCAGAUGAUUUUGUGAGGCAGUACCUUUUUUCAAAACUCUCCACAUGUCAGUUUGCUUUACCUCUUCUGGUACCAAACCCUUUCACAGGUGAAAUAGAGUUCCCUGUGUGGGCACUUCGACAAAUCAGAAAGACCUGGCAGAAUAAACAGCAGCCUAUCUUCAGUGCACAGGUACCUAUUGUGUCCUUUGUGAGGCUGGGGAAAUCCUCAAACUCUAAAUCUCACAUACUCAGCAACAUCAUCAGCCAACGCAAACACCCAGUGUUUUUCAACAGACAAUGUAAAGGAAGCGUGAGGCACUGUCUCCUUAUGGAUGGGGUUGUGGAAAUCACUUGGUACUGUCCAGGAUCCAAUGAGAGUGACAUUUUUGACAAUUGUGUAGCUUUUGUGAAUCUCCAUGGCGACGCCAGUGAUCACCCCAGACAACUCCGGUUUCUGCAGGAAGUGAGUGCUGCUACUGUUCUGCUUCUGUCAGAGAGCCCCCUGGAGGAGGAAGCAAGUAAAACUUUGAAAGAGCUGGAAAGCUCUCCAACACUAAUUACGCUCAUCUCUCGUAAAAAAAAGAUUUCACAGAAAAGUAGGACAAAUAUUAAAAUUGCAGCAAAGAACAGAAGUGAAGCUGAACUAACUGAAGAAAUCAUCUCCAGCAUCAAACAGUGCCUUUCAACUAAAUCAGAGAGGCCUAGCUUAGCAGCUUGUGUGGAGAUUGCCAAGAAGAAGCAGAUCAGAAUUGAUGAGGACAAUGAACAAUGUAAGGAGGGAAAAGAGCAGGCUCAGCAUAUGAUGAGUUUGCUGAAGGGAGAGAAGAGAGAAGGCAGAAAGGAGUUAGAGGAAUUGAUGAACUUAAAAGGGAGGCAUUUGCCUUUGCAAGGUGAACUGUGGGAGAACUGGUGCAGGAAGGACAAGCAGGAAUACCGUCUGCAGAGCACCGACGAGAGAAGCAGUGAGAUGGUAUUGAGUGACAUAAGAUCUGAGAAACAAGCCAUUCGUGUGGAGCAACUGAAUAAGGCUUUUCAGCUCAGUGGUUUCAUGAGGUCAUUUCUGCAGUGUUUGCACCCGUCAGAAGAAAAAAAGUCCCGGUAUAUGACACAGUGGCUUCAGACAUUUCUGGAAGAAUACACCACUGGCACACUUGCCAACCUCCAGGAGAAGUACCACUCAAUAUGGUCAGAAAUGAGACUGAACCCAAAAGGCAAGGACAAGGAACUUGAAAAGAAACUUGAAAAGGUGUCUGAGGAGAUCAUAUCAAUGUCAGUGGGGCUACAGCAUCUUAUGAGAGAACUGAGUCAGCUGUAUGAGGCAGUUAAGUCUGUAGCUGUGUGUGAAGACUUCACAGAUAUACAAUGGGUUGACACUCUUCCCAGAAUUGUAACAGAGAUGCUGAUGGCAGGAUACCCUCUGGAGCUCAUGGACGGAGAUGUGGCUCACGUGCCUCUUGACUGGAUCAGGGCUGUUUUUGACGCAGUUAUACACAAACUUGGAGACAAAAGGGUAUUUGUCCUCUCUGUCCUGGGUGUUCAGAGUUCUGGCAAGUCCACUCUGCUGAACACCAUGUUUGGCCUGCAGUUUCCAGUGAGUGCAGGAAGAUGCACCAGAGGUGCAUUCAUGCAGCUGCUGACCGUUGAUGCAGAGAUGAGGGAACAGCUGCAGUUUGACUUCAUCCUGGUGGUGGACACUGAAGGCCUGCGUUCACCAGAGCUCAGCUCUGAAACCACCCUGGCCCGUGACAACGAGCUGGCCACCUUCAUCAUUGGUGUGGGAAACAUGACUCUCAUCAACAUCAUGGGAGAGAAUCCUUGUGAAAUGCAGGAUAUUCUGCAGAUCUGUGUUCAGGCUUUCAUGAGAAUGACGUCUGUCAAAAUAAAAACAAGCUGCAUAUUUGUUCACCAGAAUGUUUCAGAGAUAACAGCCAAUGAAAAAAAUAAGGAAGCGAGAAGAUGUCUUGAAAAGAGACUUAAUGAAACGGCUUGCAAUGCAGCAAAAGAGGAAAACCUGAACAUUAAAGCGUUUUCUGAUAUAAUUAAUUUUGAUGUGGACUCACAGGUGUUCUACUUCAAAAAUCUCUUGGAGGGAGACCCCCCCAUGGCUGCUCCUAACCCCUCCUACAGCCAGAACGUUCAGAAGCUGAAGGAGAAGCUGCUCUCUAUUGCUGAAUGGCAGCCAGACCGUCGGCUGCCCACACUGUCUGAGGUUAAAGAACGAAUCCAAGACUUAUGGGAUUCUCUGCUGCGAGAGAACUUUGUUUUCAGUUUCAGGAACACCUUGGAAAUUGCUGCGUACAGUAAGCUAGAAAAGUCUUAUGCGCAAUGGUCAUGGAGCAUCAGAAAGCAUGCUCUAGAGAAACAGCAGACUUGGCACAACAAAAUAAACAGCAAACGGGUGGGUGUAGUUUACAUGUCAGAUCUUACAAAGGAAUUUGAUGAGAUCUACAGAAAUCUCCAUGAUGAGAUCGAAACAUAUUUUACAUGUGAGGAACACCCAGAGAUCCUGGUUAACUGGAAAGGCAAUGUUGAAAGAAGAUUUGAAACCUUGAAGGAUCAGCUCAUUGAAGACACAGAGAGGAAGUGCAAGGAUUUGCUCAAUAUCAGAAAGUGCAGAUCGGAACUAGAGGGGAAGAAGAUUGGCUAUGAGCGAGAAUUGCUCAAGAUGAGUAGAUGUAUAGCCUCAAAACUACAGGACAAAAAACUGAGCAGUGAUCAAAUGAGGACACAAUUUGAUGAACUGUGGACCGAAUGGUUGGCAAAAAUAGCCAGAGAGACACCUCCAGAAAAACAGCUGAACAUCCAGGCUGUUGUGGAAGGCAUCCUGUGCAACCAAUUCAAACAGGAAAAAGACAUUGUGAAAAGAAUUUACAAGCAAAUUAUACAUUUUCAGUUCAAGGCUAAUAAAUAUGUGUCGCUUAGCACGGAAGACCAGUGUUUUGAGUGGUUUGGGUUCAAAAAUGCAAACAUUGAGAAAGAAGGUCAACAUCUUACAGAACAAAUUACUGCGGAGGUUGCAAAGUACAUUGAAAAGACAUCGAAGGAAAAUGUGGACUUCAAUGAAAUAUUUAUUCAUGAAAUACUAGAGAGCAUAUCGCAAACUUUGGGCAAAUAUGAAAAAAGAAAGAGCCACAUAAAACUCUUAAAGGAGUAUAAAGUUGAUAUCUCGAUUUACACAUGCACAAACGCAGUCAAAAAGUUCAGAAAAAUGCACACAGAUUUCAGGAAGAGGAAUGACCUGCUGGCCUGCCUCGGGGAGAAAAAGGAGCAUUAUUUCCAGUAUUUCAAAGACUCCUGUGACGGAGCGACUGCUGUCACGAUUUUUGCCAACUUCCUGUGCAAACACCUGAAACUAGCAAUAAAACAAGCAAUGUACAGCAAAGUCAGCCUUCAGAUUGUGGACAGAAUGAAAAAUAACUACCCAGCUUUCAAUGGAUGCCGAGCUAACCUGGAGGACCACAUACUGAAAGAGCUUGCCGAGAAGGAGAAAUUUGACCUGUAUAUGGAGUACCUUGAGCGUCCCAAGGAACACUUUGAAAAGUUCAUCAGGGGAAGGGUGGAGGAGUACUGUAGAGACCACAGUUUAAGAUCAGAGCUCCUCAAUAGGAACUUGAAGAUUUUGGUUGACAAGACUUUGACCGAAAGUUCCAUCGUGGCUUCAGAACUGAUAGAGAAAGAUGGCACUAUCUCAAUGUGGCUUGACAAAUUCUGCUCUAAUCUUGGGGAUGUUUUCUCCAUCUCAAGAGAGAGUUUCAGAAACAUUGAAUGCGAGGGCACUGGAAACCUUCCGUUCCUCCUGGACAUGAUGGACAAAUCACUUUCAGGCAUGCAGCAAAAGGUAAAGGAAGAAAUAAAAACCUCAAGCCUUGACUUUAACAUGUUUGAGAAUAGACCAGAUGACAUUCUAAUUGAUCAGCUCAGCGGGUGCUGGGAGCAGUGUCCCUUCUGUAAAGCCAUCUGUACAAGCACCAUUGCUGGCCAUGACACUGACCACAGCGUGAGAUUCCACCGCUCAAAAGCUCUUGGAGGCUGGCACCGUUCUUUCACAAAUGACUUUUCAAUUGACUUUUGCACCACAUCAGUCAGUAGUGACGCAUGUUUCCUCAAUAGUAAAUGUGAAUCCACUCCUUAUAAAGAGUACAGAAAAGCAGGCCCCCCUUAUGACAAUUGGUCAAUCAAGCAAGAUCCUUGUGAAAAACUCUACUGGAAGUGGUUUGUGUGUGUCUUCAGGAAUAAGCUGCAGGAGAAUUUUGAUUGCAAGUUUGAGGGCACAGGUAAAAUUCCAGAUGACUGGGAAAAAAUCAGUAAGUUUGCUGUGCUGAAAGAACUGGACGUCUGA